UUUUUUGCUUGGUCCCGCUUUCUUUUUGUCAUCGAUUUCACUGUUACGUCUACAUUUCUCCCCCUCCGGUGACUGUGACUGACUAUCCGUUGCAAUUUCCGAUGACAUCAUCCGGAGUUUCCAGUUAUCGAGAUCGGACGUCGGAAUUUCGAUCUCUCUCUGAAAGAAUGAAGAAGAUCGGUGGAAUGGCUGUUGCAAAUCAUGCUGAAGAUGAUCCAGCAACAUCGAGAUCAUUGGCUUCGGCAGCAUCACGAUCCGAAUUCAACAAAAAGGCUUCACGAAUUGGGUUAGGGAUCCACGAGGCAUGUCUCAAGAUCUCCAGGCUUGCCAAAUUGGCAAAAAAGUCAUCAAUGUUCAAUGACCCAAUCAUGGAAAUACAGGAACUAACUGCCUUGAUAAAAGAUGAUAUUACUGCACUCAAUAUAGCAGUUUCAGAUUUGCAAACCCUUCAAAACCUUGAGAUAGCUGAUGGAAAUUACUCUGAUGAUAGAGUCGUCCAUUCAAAUACUGUUUGUGAUGACUUAAAGAACAAACUUAUGGGGGCUACUAAACAGCUUCAGGAUGUGUUAACAACUAGAACAGAGAAUAUCAAGGCUCAUGAGAAUAGGAAGCAGAUUUUUUCCACAAAUGUAUCCAGAGAGAACCCUUUUCAGCAGCAUGCAAAGAGUGUGACUGAGCCACCUCCUUGGUCAAGUUUAUCUACGACAUCUGGGAAUUUGCAACCAUCAGUGUUGUCGUCAAAUGGAGUUCAAGUUGGCAACCAACUGAGACGAAGGUUAGCUGUGGACAACACACCAUCCAACCAUAUGGAAGUGUCCAUGUUACAGCAGGUGGUUCCACGACAGGAAAAUUAUACACAAAGCCGGGCAUUGGCUCUUCAGAAUGUCGAAUCCACAAUUUCAGAACUAAGCGGAAUCUUUACUCAUCUGGCUACAAUGGUUGCACAGCAAGGGGAAUUGGCUAUCAGGAUUGAUGAUAACAUGGAUGAGUCGUUGGCAAAUGUUGAAGGUGCUCAAAGUGCUCUAUUGAAGCAUCUAAAUCAAAUAUCAUCAAACAGAUGGCUUUUACUCAAGAUCUUUGCCGUAUUAAUAUUUUUCCUGAUGAUAUUCAUCUUCUUUGUGGUUUAAUACGUUGUACUAAGAACUCACACUUGCAUUUCUGCAUGGGGUAUCUCACCUUUCUUUUCCAUCAACAACUUGCUUGUCAGGCAUAGGUUUCUCCAUUAUGGGGAGCAAUUACGGUGCCCCAUACCCUGUAAAUUUAAUUGGCACUCCCAUUUUUCACUUAUGUCUAUAGCUUUCCCAGACAUCUUUAGGGAAAUACAUAGCAAUAUCUAUGGGGUUGCAACCAUAUUGGAAGCAACUUUUACCCAUCUAGUGAGCAAGCUUUGAUUCUAUUUGUUACUGCAUGUAAUCUUGAUUCUGAGUUCUGCAAUAUUAUUUUGAUAAUCAUGACUGCUCAUCAUUAUUCCUUU